AAUUUUUUAUUCUUAUUCUUAAAUUACUCCUAUGUCUUGGCAUGUGCAAUUCUCCUUAUCAUGGCUCAAGUCUAUCACUGUCUAACAUUUCUCCUCGCUGCUAAGACAUUUCUGCAGUUUUAUUUCCCCACAAAGUUUUCCUUUUCGCAGAGUUACAUUUACAAGCAUCUAUUUUACAUUUACCUGGUGUUCACCUUAAAAGAGUUGGCAUUUCUAAUUCUAUACUCACUGUAUGAGAUAAACGACUUUGUCACAAAAAUGAAUCCUUACAUUUUAUUUACAUAUGCGGUAUGUCUGUUCCACCGUUUCUUCAAUAUACUUUUGUCAAACCUUUCAUUACUUUUCUAUAUUCCUAUAAUAUGCAGUUUACAACGAGCGGAACAACAGGGAUAUGCACAAAAAUUAAUUUCUAAUCAAAUUUACCUUUUAUUCUUUAUCUGCCAAGCAGCCUCUAAUAAAUGCCGAAUAACUUUGCCGCUUUUUUUAUGUUUUGUAUUCAGUGAUACAAUGGAAACUCGAAAAAUAAUGAUGAUUCUUUCAUAUACUGACUUUAUAACCACCCCUGUAGUCAUUCAAAUAUCAUAUCUUGGAUGCAAUUGGCAAGAAGUGAAAUUGUUCUUUUCUACGUUUAAUUUAAAGAAAUUUGUGAAAGUUAUUCUCGAGAAAACGGAUAAUUCUGUGCACCCACACAUGAUACCGAUGAUUAAUACGAUCUCAUAA